CAUGGGCCGCGAGCUCGACGGCCUCCAGUUCGAGCAAGCGACGAAGAGGGCGAGAACGAACAGGCGGCGGGCGCGUGCGGCGCCGGCCAUGCGGGUGCGGCCGCGUGGCCGAACGAGUCCCGCAGGGCCCUCAACCGCCGGGGCGAGGAGUACCGGCGCCUGCGCCAGGACGACGAUUUCCACGCGAAGAGACACGCCCUCGUGUUCUGCUCCUGCGGCCACCCCGACGACCGCCUGCAGGCCGCGCGACCUUAUCCUGCCGUGGUGCCCAGGCGCAGCUGCCCAAGUUCUAAAGUGGCGUUUCUUGCGGGACUGAGUCCCGCCGGUGUCAACACGGGCGUGCUCUGCGUUGUUAUACAUUGCUUACGCGUGCGGUUUUAUUUUCGCUCUGUGUAA